GGAUGCUCGAGAGUAGGGCUUGGCUGUACGUGUGGUUGUUGGGUGCCAUCAACCCCAUGUAACAGAGUAGAACUGCCCCAUAGGGUUUUCUUGACUGUAAUCUUCACAGGAGCAGGUCACCAGGUCUUUCUCCCUGGAACAACUGGGUGGGUUUGAACCACCAACCUUUCAGUUAGCAGUCGAGUGCUUAACCAGCGCACCACGAGGGCUCCUAAGACCUGGUAGGUGGAGGGAUAGGAUCCAUCUCAAUGGCUGAAUCAGCUCCUGGCAGGGGCGGGACAACGUCUUGGGCUUCAUACAUUUAGUCAAGUGUAAUUCUGAGCUGUUUAUCCGGAGCCCUACUCCUGACCCUAGGGAGGGAUACUAGGUGUUUGUGGGGAUCCCAGGACCCAGUGGGAAUAAGAGGGGAACUGAUUUGUGCUGCAGAUAUUGGUGGUAGAGGGAAGGAGGCUGUUUUUCUGCAGGAGGUAGGCUUAUGUGUAGGUGGCUCAGAGCCCCCAAACAGUGGAGGAACCAGGUUGCAACUGGAGAGGCAGGGUUAUGCCUGAGAGAUGCUGGGUAUACGCACAGUUAUUUGGGCUGGAGUCUGGGCGGUAACUUCUAGAAGCUCACUUGCCGUGGAGAGUGCAUUCCAGGGGCAGAGACUGGUCUGGGAAGUGGAGGGGUCCCGCCAGUGCCCUGCCCACAUGCACAGGUGUGGGCCAUGAUGCUGUCUCAGGGCUGUCUCCUCCCACUGCAGCUCCGAGUCCUCAGGACCUUGCCCUGCCUGGAGGAGGGCAUGGAAGAGCAGGAUGACAAGCCCUCAGGGCCCCUGAAGGCCUGUGCGCAGGACUCUUUCCAUCCUCAGGAAAUUAUCAUCAAGGUUGAGGGAGAAGACACUGGAUCACUGGCCAUCUCAUCCCAGGAAAGAGUGAACUUCAAAAUUGUGACUGUGGUCUACACUCAGGAGGAACAGGGCACCCUGAACUCUGCUCAGAAGAUCCUGGAUAGAGAUGUGAUGCUGGAGAACCACAGGGACCUGGUCUCUUGGGACUUGGCAACUGCACAUGAUAGAAGAGAAUCAGUUUCAAAGCUCAGCACUUUUGACGAAGAACCAUCCCAUGGAGUGAAGAUAGAAAGGUUGGCAAGGGGUGAUCCUUGGUUGUCUUCAUGUGGAGAAAUCCGGGAUUGUAAGGACCAGUUGGAAAAGCAGCAAGAAAAACAAGAGAGACUUUUGAAGGAACUGGCAUUCACCCAAAGGAAAGCUGUUAUUUAUGAGAAGGUCUGCAAAAGUGAUGAACUUGAGGAUAAGAGUGGUCUGAAUUCCAGUCUUCUUUCAUCCCAGGCGAUACCCACAAGAAACCAUUUUCAUAAACAUGCCUCACAUGUUAAAAAAUUAAAUCGUAAUUCUGUGGUAAACAAUCAUCAUAAGGUUGAUGACAGUGAGAAAUUAUGUGAAAAUAAUGAAUGUAGAAAUCUUCCCCAGAGCACUCACCUUAUUCAGCUUACAAGAACUCAAACAGAAGAUAAAUUCUAUGAAUUUGGUGAUAAUAUUCAGAGUACACCCCUAAAUAUACAUGAGAAAAUUCAUGUAGAAGGAAAAACCUUUGAUUUUAAGGAAUGUGGUGAAGUUUUGAACCACAGUAUAUCCCAUAAUGAACAACAGAGAAUUUCUUUUGAAGAGAGUCAAUAUAAACGUAGUAAAACCUCCCAGAGCUCGUCCCCUGCUCAAAACAUGAGAAAUCAUUCUGAAGAGAAACCCUUUGAAUGUAAUCAGUGUGGGAAAUCCUUCAGCUGGAGCUCUCACCUUGUGGCACAUCAGAGAACUCAUACAGGAGAGAAACCUUAUGAAUGUAAUGAAUGUGGGAAAUCUUUCAGCCGGAGCUCUCACCUUGUCUCCCAUCAGAGAACUCAUACUGGAGAGAAACCUUAUAGAUGUAAUCAAUGUGGGAAAUCUUUUAGCCAGAGCUAUGUUCUUGUUGUUCAUCAAAGAACUCAUACAGGAGAGAAACCUUACGAAUGUAAUCAAUGUGGAAAGUCAUUCAGGCAGAGUUAUAAACUUAUUGCACAUCAAAGAACUCAUACUGGAGAGAAACCCUAUGAAUGCAAUCAAUGCGGGAAGUCAUUUAUCCAGAGCUAUAAACUUAUUGCGCAUCAAAGAAUCCAUACUGGAGAAAAACCCUAUGAAUGCAAUCAAUGCGGAAAGUCCUUCAGUCAAAGUUAUAAACUUGUUGCCCAUCAGAGAACUCACACAGGAGAAAAACCCUUUGAAUGUAAUCAAUGUGGAAAAUCCUUCAGCUGGAGCUCUCAGCUUGUUGCACAUCAAAGAACGCAUACUGGGGAGAAACCCUAUGAAUGUAAUGAAUGUGGAAAAUCUUUCAACCGCAGUUCUCACCUUGUUAUGCAUCAGCGAACUCAUACUGGAGAAAAACCCUACAAAUGUAAUCAGUGUGGGAAAUCCUUCAGCCAGAGUUAUGUUCUUGUUGUACAUCAGAGAACGCACACUGGGGAAAAGCCCUAUGAAUGCAGUCAGUGUGGGAAAUCCUUCAGGCAGAGCUCAUGCCUUACUCAACACCAGAGAACUCAUACAGGAGAGAAACCCUAUGAAUGUAAUCAAUGUGGAAAAACCUUCAGCUUGAGUGCUCGACUUAUUGUACAUCAGAGAACUCAUACUGGAGAGAAACCCUUUACAUGUAAUCAGUGUGGGAAAGCUUUCAUUAACAGCUCUAAACUUAUUAGGCAUCAGGCGACUCACACAGAAGAGAAACCCUAUGAAUGUAACUAGUGCAAAAAGCCUUUAGCCAGAGUAUAUUUCUUUUUUUAGAAGGCGUACGUACAGUGGGAAGAACUACUAUAAAAACAAUGUAUGUGGGAAACUUUCCGUUCUUGUGUAUCUGGAAAUGCAUUCUGGAGGAGGAGGGAAAAACUAUAAACCGCUUGUUUUGCUUAGCCGUUCCACAUACAAAGUCAAACUUGUCUCUCAUGACACAUUGCUAUAAAACUAAUAAAUAUUGGCACUUUUCUUUGCAAAAAGCACUCAGGCCUGAAAGAAAACCAUCAAAUGGUCAAUAGACUGUGGUUUGCCAGUGAGACAAAUCUCUUUUGUAAUAAAGAGUAAAUAAGAAUGCUAACACUGGCAGGCUUAUUGUUGAGUAGAUGAAAAAAUUGCUGUAGUUUUUAGAAUUUAGGAAACAGUAUUGCAGUGUAUCAUUUUAUUACAUGACUUCCCAGUUUGGUAGUUUUCUAAUCUGUUUUAUACAGCACUUCCUAUUAUAUAUGAAGAUUUAGUAGAAAAUAGAGAAAUGGCUAUGAUAUGAAAUGAAGAAUGCAGGGCAAAAAUAUAGAACAUUCAUUUCUAGAACCAUUAUAAGAAAAUAAUUGUAUAUGGAUCAGAGUUGAAAGGGGAUAUGAGUGUAUCUAUUUGAUUUUUAGAUUUAUGUAUGGUUUUCUUCCUUUUUAGAUUGCUGUUUUGCUAUAAUGAUGUGGCAAAUAAAAAUCAGCAAAAAAAAAAGGAAAUACAAAGAUUUCCAUCUGUUUUGUCUGAUCAUUUAGGGAAGACUAGAAAACCAGGUAGCAAAGAUUCCUCAGAAUUCUGAGAUUUCUAUUUAUGUUAGAAUCAGGGGGUUACUCUUCAGGGCUUAGAUUCCCGGGGAUAUAAUUCAUUGAAAAUAAAAUAGUUCCCUGAGAAUGAGGACCUGGAAAUUUAGUCCAGGGAGGGUUCUAUAGGAGGAAAUUGAGAAUGCAUGGGCAGUAUAAGGUGCAAGUGGGCUUAUUUUCAUAUAGCAAGAGCAGUGUAAAAGAGCUCUGUUUUUAAAGUGUUUUGUUCUCCCUUCAUGUCACAACUUGUCUUUUCUCUGGGAUAUAUCCUCUAAUGUGAGAGGCCUCUGAGCGGGAAGUUGCUGCCCCAACUAAGUGUUUAUCACCUAAAUUAAACUUGCAAGGAUGUUUUUACAGAGGCAAGAUUUGUACUCAUUGAUCUUUAGAUUUGGUUUGCAUGUUUUUCUGGCCUUUGCCCCUAAAUCAUGGAUUCUAAUCCUGUGUACUACCAUAGGUCUGAAGCCUCUGACUGACCCAGAGGUAAUAAAUUGGUGUUUUUUUCACAUCCAUCUAUUCUUACGAAGUCUUUGCGCAGGGCUUGUACCCAUUCAUUUUCAACUAUUCAUUUUGCAUAAGGUGAGUUUCUCCUGUAACAGCCAUAUUCCAGGCUCCCAGUGUUUGUGUGGAUUUUGGCCUUGACUCCUUCCUACCCAGCACUGGACUUAUCUGCAGGGCUGUUCACUGUGCAGUCUCAUCUUUGACUGUCAUAGGGCUUGACUGCUUCAUGCAAAUAUGUUUUUCUCCCCGUUGUUCCUUGUCUAGCCUAGACUUCUCUGGUUCUCAGAUCCAGAAUGACUCCAGGAAAGACAAAGCACUUGGUUCUCCCCAUUGUGAAGGAUCUUGGUCUACAGUUAAAGGGAUGUCUCCCUCACUUCAUAGAAAUGUGCCUGCCGAGGGGACCGUAUAUUCAUUUCCUCCCACACUCCAGCUCAGUCUUUACUGCUUUUGGACUCUACCUGAUUUUGUGGUAUGGUGCUUCAGUUCUCUCUUAGGCUUGACAAAUAUAAAGUGUGCUUUUCUUGAUGUUUUUGAGAGAUUUUAGCUAAGAAGGAAAUCCAAACUUUUUAAUGCUGUUUUCAGGUAAGCCAUUUGUAUUUUAAAAAAGUGUGGUUUUUUGACUGAAUUCAUCUACUCUAUAUGUCUUAUUAUACUUAAUAAGACAAGUUAAUUUCACCUCGGCCUUUAGAACUUUAUCUUGCAAAAUCAGUGUUUUCUAGUUUGUUAUAGAUGUUGCACAUGGAUUCAGUCAGUUUUACUUUAGAAGACUUAAUGGCUCACAUCAGUAAGUAAGCAUAUUGCUCUUUUCAAAUUGUAGCAACCUGGAGUUCUUAACUGGAAAGCAUAGGAACCAAUUCUAGCCAAUUGAUUCAGAAAAAGGAGUUUUUAAAGAGGGUAGUAGAUGGCUCACAUAACUGUCAAGAAACUAAGAUCAGGCUCAGGGCUCUGAAGACAGAAAUAACUUCUAGACUCAUGCUGCAGAACCCAUGAGAGUUCCUUGAGGUCAUGCCUCUGCAUUGAUUUCUUCUGAUUCCAAGUUUGGGGCAAGUGCCCAGGUCUGGUGGGUCCUAGGGUCACCAGUAGCUCGUGUUUUCAGGAGAGUCUGUAGUUGUAGGUGGGCCCUGCCUUUCACUCAUACUAAUUAAGUGGGCAGUUUGUCAUUUAUAGAAUUGUUCGUUUUCUAAGCAACAGCAAAGAAAUAAGGUUUCCAGUAUAGUCCAGCUCUUGCCCAGCCCAUAUAUCAACAUUUUCUUCACUUUUUAUACGUAUUUAAAUACAUACAUAUAACCUAACAUAAUACAGCUAUCUGUUUUAAAAUCCUGCUUGAUCUCUUCCCAGAUAGGGAUAACCCAAAGUUUCACAUUAUUAUAUCCAAUCCCAAAUCUGGAUCUCUGGUGAUGUCCAUUCCUCUUAUAAUGAAUGUUCUUCAAACGUAGUAAGGGGGUUCAGAUGCUGGGUAUCCCCUCAGAAAAAGAUUGUAAAACCAAGUUGAAUUACCAACUUAAUAUUCGGUAUCUUUUUGAUUAUUGCCAGUAGAUAUUCAAAAGCUUUCUAAAAAUGUUUUAUAAAACUGUAAAUGAGUUGGAGAUGUAGACAGUUGUUUACUGGCUAAGAUGAUUUAAUCCUUAUUUGGAUUCAUUUGGGCUCUUUUAUAGACUUUCCAGUAAAAAUUGUUCCAUUAAAAAUACCACUUUUGGCAUUUGCCAAGUGAAUCUUUGGCCAAGUGGAUCUGUUGGAACCAUAAAAUUGGUUUUUUUUGUGUGUUAUAACCAAUAUAGUAUUGGUUUGUAAUCUACUGGAAGUGAGAUUUCAGUCAAAAUGUAUUAGCCAUUGAUAAACCUUUCCAUAGUACUUAUAUCACCUGUUCUGGACUCUUCAGCAUCUAUAUUCUAUGAAGUUUUCAUUCUGAGGCCGUGACAAGUGUAAAAAUGGUGUGGGGGCCUUGUCUAACCUUUAACUUCCCAAGGGGAAAGGAGAAUCAAGAUCAACAGCUCAAGGCUGAUUCCUGAGGCAGAGGUCAGACAUGCCUCCUGUCUGCCAUCUUUACCAAUUCUUAGAGCAACCAUCCUUCCCACAGCAAUCUCCAGUGGGUUUGAUAAUUCACUGCAAUGGCCACACAGAACUCAUACACAGUAUUCACAAUUAUGAGGUUUAUUAGGGAAGUAACAGGUUACAAU